AUGCUCCAAUCCACCACAUCCCUCCUCCUCCUCGCCCUCCCAACUCUCCUCCACGCAAUCGAAACAACCUCCUCUCCAGUUCUCUGCAACGGGCCCUACAUCCUCUGCUCCACCGCCCUCUGCACCACAAUCCCAGGCAACUCCACCUACGUAACCUGCACCUGCCAAGGCCCCUACACGGGCCUCAACAUCGGCAUCACCACCUGCGACGACCGCGAGACCUACAACAUCUCCUCCUUCUCCUUCGAAAACACCGCCUCCAACAUAUACGUCUUCCCCUGUGAGGGCGCGAAUGCGGGGCCCUGGGCGCAGUGCAACGGCGCUCUGUGCGAUGUGCCGGAGGAUGGGGGUGAUAUUACGUGUGCGUGUCCGUUGGAGGUUGGGGAGCAUCUUUAUUAUGGGGAGGAGUGUCCCAGUAGUGAGGAGGGCGUGCAGGAGGCUUGUGCAAUGUUGAGGUCUACGACGGAUUUUUUGACGAACUCGAAUGCGACGACGAUGGAUGAUGAUAUGGCUGAGGAGUUGGAGGAGGAGCCGCCGACGAUUGAGUUUUGUAGUGUGCCGGGAAAUGGGACUUCUUGA